CCUUAUUAGCGUAGCUUGAAAGAGCUUUAUAUAAGGCCAAAUACUCUUCCCAAAGAACUCAACACUUUCUUCUUCAUUCUCUUCACAAUCAUCAUAAUCAUUGUUACAGAGAUCGAUCGAUGGCGCUAAAAGCAGUGGUGUAUCCACAAAGCCAAGACCCAUCAUUUGGCUAUGGAGUCAAUUACAACAACUGCUACCGAAACUGGAGUAACAGCUACAAUAAUGAAGACCAAAGAGUAGAAACAACUUACCCUGCAGAAAUAUGGAACAAUAACAAUACUACUUGUUCAUCACCGCCAUCAGUGUUGCCAUCGUCGUGUCGGCCGAAGAGGCGAAGAGCGAAGAGCAGGAAGAACAAAGAGCAGAUAGAGAACCAGAGAAUGACUCACAUUGCAGUGGAGCGCAACAGAAGGAAGCAGAUGAAUCACUAUCUCUCCCUUCUCCGCUCUUUAAUGCCGGACUCUUAUGUUCAAAGGGGGGAUCAAGCAUCAAUAAUAGGAGGAGCUAUUAACUUUGUUAAGGAGCUUGAACAGAAGCUGCAGUUCCUUGGAGCUACAUAUCAAGAAGGUGAAGAUGGGAAUAAUAAGAAGAAGAAGAACAUGGCCUUUUGUGAAUUCUUCACAUUCCCACAGUACACAAGAACAGCAACAGCAACAGCAACAACAUCAAGCAGCAGUAGUAACAGUGAGAAAUCAUCAUCAUCAAGAACAGUGGCGGCAGAGGAGGAGUUGGGGGAGGUAGCUGCAGACAUAGAAGUGACAAUGGUGGAGAGCCAUGCAAAUGUGAAGAUAAGGUCAAAGAAGAAGCCAAAGCAGCUGUUGAAGAUGGUGUCUGCUUUGCACAACAUGAGGCUUACAAUCUUGCACCUUAAUGUCACCACCACCAUCAAUCAACUUGUUCUCUACUCUCUCAGUCUUAAGGUGGAAGAUGAUUGCAAGUUGGGAUCGGUGGAUGAUAUUGCUGCAGCUGUAUACCAGCUUAUGAAUACCAUUCAACAAGAGGCACCAAUAAUCUUAGCUUCAACUAAUUAAUAAUAAUAAUAAUAAUAAUAAUAAUAAUAAUAAUUUAAGAUCCAAGCAUCAAGCCUUAUUAGCUUCAUCACUAAAUUUGGUUCUUAGAUGGAUCUCUCUUUUUCUUUUUCCCCUCUUUGAAGGUGUAACCAAAAUUAUUGCAAAGGCUAUUCAUCAAUUUCUAUUGAUGGUGCCUUGAUGUGGGGGCUCUUUAAUUAGAAGUAGUUUAAUUUAAUUUGUAUGUGUCUUUGUAGGCAUAGGCCCUUUUGAACCUUUUUUUGUUUUAAUAUCAAUUUCUCUUUCUCUGUCUUCUCUUUUUAUCUAUGGGGUACGAGUGGAGAACUUUGUGAUACAUAUUUGUGCUUGAUGCAUAUUUAGGUGCUUGGUCAAUUCUA